AUGAUCAAAAACGGCUUUGACCCAUCUCUGUACUUUGGCCAUAUAGUAGUUACAAAAACCUGUGAUGGUCACACAUUUGAAGGAGAAUUAUACUGCUAUGAUACGUGUUCUAAUUUCAUAAUUAUAAAAGAAGAUAAUAAAAAUGGUACAGCUAAUUUUUAUAUAAUAAAAAAUGACAUCAUUGUAGAUACAGAAAUCAAGAGAAGAAUAAAAAAUUCAUAUGAUCAACCAAUACCCAAAAUUAAUAAGACUCUUCUUGAAAAAAUUGAAAAAAAGGCAUUAGAAAAUUUUGAGCAAACCAAGACGCGUAUUGGUAUUGGUGUCACGCAGGAGGCACAGGAGCUAUUUGAUUUUAUAUGGAAAACACAUCCAGAUUGCACUUGGAGCAAUAGAGAUAUUUUGGUUCUGAAUGGAGAAGUCAGGAUUAAACCACCAUAUGGACCGGAUAAUUGCAUAGCGAAAAUUGAUAAUUUGAAAGAAAGAUUUUCCACGGUGAUUUCAAAAUUUCGCCAGAAGAAAAGUAUGUCAAAUUGGAGGUAA